AGAAGCUAAAUGACAAUGUGAUCUGAGCGCUGACGUAUAUAUAUAUUAGACGAUAAGAACAGUCAUGGCCGCGGCCAUUGUAGGAUAUUUGGCUGUGGCCAAUAUUUUGGUUUUAACUGCUUAUGGACGAGCUACAAAAUAUGGACAAAUCGCUCUCGCUGAUCUGCCAAGAUUAUUUGAUGAUGGUGCUUUGUUUGAUGAGAUCUACGAUCAAAGAAGUGUAUUUCCAGCACCGGAAAUGGUCCCUCAUUGGCCCGGACAUGACGUCAAAGUGGGCCAAGUAGGUGGCAUAGCAGUUGAUAGUAACAACGAAGUAUUAGUUUUCCACAGAGGAAGCAGACAGUGGGAUUACAAUUCUUUCGACCAAAACAACAGAUUUAUCGACCCUGAUGGACGUGGACCAAUUAAAGAGAAUACUUUAGUCAGGGUGGACCCAGUCACAGGACAUGGUAUUGAGAGUUUUGGCGCCGGAAAAUUUUAUAUGCCCCAUGGACUGACUAUUGAUAAAGAGGGAAAUAUCUGGGUCACGGAUGUUGGAUUACACCAGGUCAUGAAAAUUCCGAAAGGUUCCCAGGAACCAAAUUUAACUCUGGGUGUUCGUCUUACACCUGGAAAUGACGACACACAUUUCUGUAAGCCUACCGAUGUUGCCGUUGCCUCUAACGGCGACUUCUUCGUUUCAGAUGGAUAUUGCAACGGUCGAGUAAUGAAGUUCAAUAAAGAGGGGAAGUUGUUGCAUCAGUGGGGUAGAAUGUUUGAAGGACCAGUAAAUUCGGCUGGGAACGAAGAUUUCUUUAUUCCACACAGUGUGACCCUUAUCGAGUCACGUGACACGAUCUGUGUGGCUGACAGAGAACAUGGGAGGAUUCAGUGUUUCUGUGCUGGUCUGAAGAAUGCCAAUGAGACGGGUCAGUUUGUAUCCAGUAUAAACCACCGAGAAUUCGGAAAAGUGUUCGCUAUUUCCUAUGAUCCAAACUUGGAUGUGAUCUAUGCUGUAAAUGGCCAAACUUACUUCGUCUCCGAGGUGGUCGGUUUCACUUUAGAACUCUCAGGAAACAUUGUUGAAAAAUGGUCUCCUUCAGGAAUGGGCUUUCAGAUGCCCCAUGACGUAGCUGUCUCCCCCGAUGGUUCCAGUAUCUACGUAGGUGAGGUCACUCCUGACAGAGUCACAAAGUUCAGAAGAUCCUGAUUCCAAAAAUAUGUUGUCUGUUUGAAAGAAACAUGUUUACUUCUCAAUGUUUAGUGUUGUUUUGUCAACCUUCACACCAUCAAAAAUAGGCAUAAAAUCGACAUGAAUUUGAGAAAUCAUCCAUCAAAAUCUACCAACUAAACAACACAAUUUCCUUGUAUGAAUUUUUUGUAUCUUUAAUAUCAAAAACUUUAGAGAAACAAAGGUGUACAUUCCAUUUACCUUCCUUGAACCAAAGGAAGAAAAUUAAAGACUUAGUGCUCUGGCACUCAAUGCUCUUUCACGAAACUUGCGUUUUGCGGUAAACAUUGAGACUCGACCUGAUGUACGUUUCAAGCACCAUAUCAUUCAUAGUUGUUAUAUUCAUAAACCAUGAUUGUUUAUUUCACUGUUACAUGUAAUUCUGAAUAUUACUGCCCACCAUUUCUACAUGAAACAGCAGCAUUUGCUUUUCCGUACCGAUUUUGACCGUUUCCUCCAGGGUUUAAUGAGGGUAAGAAAAGUCUGAUUUCGCGUAUAAGGAAUAUUUCUAUGAAUUGUAAAUGUAUUAUUUGUGUUUGUGAUAUCAAUAAGUAAAACGUUUAACUAUCAAGCGGCUUUUCCUACUUAAAUUGUGAUUUUGCAGAGUGAACGUUUUGUCAAUUUGAAUUAUUAUUGUGGUGUGUUUUUAAAUAUAGGAGUUCAGAAAUUUUCACGUAUAACUCUCUCGUGGAAUUGUAUUGUUUUUUAUUCAAAACUGUGGAACUGAUUUUCCUCAGGAACUGUUUUAUUUGCCUUCUGUAGAUGUAUAAUUGAAAAAUCUGCUUAAGGACUUUCAAAAUCUAGUCAUUGAUUUUUGUUUGAAAUAAAGGUCGUCGUUUUGUUGCAUAC